UCGCUCGUUCGGCUCACGCCUCGAGCGCGCGCCGGCACUUCUUGGCGUAACGGAAGUGACAUCACGACGUCAACAUGCAAGAUGGCGACGCAUCACAGGCAGAAUGCAGCGGGGCGCAGGAAAGUGCAGGUGUCAUACGUGAUCAGAGACGAGGUGGAGAAAUAUAAUCGUAAUGGAGUCAAUGCACUACAGCUGGAUCCAGCACUUAACCGGCUCUUCACCGCCGGACGAGACUCCAUCAUCAGGAUAUGGAGCAUUAACCAGCACAAGGAUCCGUACAUUGCAUCGAUGGAGCAUCACACAGACUGGGUCAAUGACAUCGUCCUCUGCUGCAACGGCAAAACACUGAUAUCAGCGUCGUCAGACACUACGGUGAAGGUCUGGAACGCACACAAGGGCUUCUGCAUGUCAACACUGCGAACACAUAAGGACUAUGUUAAAGCAUUGGCAUACGCUAAAGACAAAGAGCUGGUGGCUUCUGCAGGACUGGACAGACAGAUCUUUCUCUGGGAUGUGAACACACUGACCGCGCUGACCGCGUCCAAUAACACCGUCACUACAUCUUCUCUCAGCGGAAACAAGGACUCCAUCUACAGUCUGGCCAUGAAUCAGAUGGGGACGGUUAUAGUGUCAGGAUCCACUGAAAAGGUUCUGAGAGUGUGGGACCCGCGAACCUGUGCCAAACUGAUGAAGCUGAAAGGACACACGGACAACGUUAAAUCACUGCUGCUCAACAGAGACGGGACUCAGUGUCUCUCGGGGAGCUCAGACGGGACGAUCCGGCUCUGGUCUCUGGGUCAGCAGCGCUGUAUCGCCACGUACCGCGUUCACGACGAGGGCGUCUGGGCGCUGCAGGUCAACGAGGCCUUCACACACGUGUACUCCGGAGGCCGCGACCGGAAGAUCUACUGUACAGACCUGCGCAGUCCUGACAUCCGUGUGCUGAUCUGUGAGGAGAACGCUCCCGUGCUGAAGAUGGAGCUGGACCGGUCAGCUGAUCCGCAUUCGGCCAUCUGGGUUUCCACCACGAAGUCCACGGUUAAUAAGUGGUCUCUGAAGGGUAUCCAUAAUUUCCGAGCGUCUGGUGAUUAUGACAAUGACUGCAGCGCUCCGCUGACGCCGCUGUGCACGCAGACAGAGCAAGUGAUCAAAGGUGGCGCCAGUAUAAUUCAGUGCCACAUUCUGAACGACAAGCGACACAUUCUGACCAAAGACACCAACAAUAACGUGGCGUACUGGGAUGUGCUGAAGGCCUGUAAAGUUGAAGACUUGGGCAAGAUGGAGUUUGACGAAGAGAUCAAGAAAAGGUUCAAGACGGUUUAUGUGCCGAACUGGUUUUCGGUGGAUCUGAAGACAGGGAUGCUGACGAUAACGCUGGACGAGAGCGACUGCUUUGCAGCCUGGGUUUCUGCUAAAGACGCUGGCUUCACCAGCCCUGACGGAUCCGACCCGAAACUGAAUCUGGGCGGACUGCUGCUGCAGGCUCUGCUGGAGUACUGGCCUCGCACUCACAUCAACCCCUCGGACGACGAGACCGAACUCAAUCACGGGAGCGUGAACGGCGAGCACGAGAGCCGGAUACAGAAAGGAAACGGAUAUUUCCAGGUGCCGCCGCACACUCCGGUGAUCUUCGGCGAAGCGGGAGGGAGGACGUUAUUCAGGCUGCUGUGUCGAGACUCCGGCGGAGAAACGGAGUCCAUGUUACUGAACGAGACGGUCCCGCAGUGGGUCAUCGACAUCACAGUGGACAAAAACAUGCCCAAAUUCAACAAAAUCCCGUUCUACCUCCAGCCCCAUUCGUCCUCCGGAGCAAAAACAUUAAAGAAGGAUCGUCUGUCGGCCAGUGACAUGUUACAGGUGAGGAAGGUGAUGGAGCACGUGUACGAGAAGAUCAUAAACCUGGACAGCGAGUCGCAGACGGGCGCUGCGUCCGCAGAGAAGCCCAGCGAGCAGAAGGAGGAGGAGGACAUGGCAGUGCUAGCGGAGGAGAAGAUCGAGCUGCUCUGUCAAGACCAGGUUCUGGAUCCCAACAUGGAUCUGCGGACGGUGAAGCACUUCAUCUGGAAGAGCGGCGGCGAUCUGACGCUCCAUUAUCGGCAGAAAUCCACGUGAGGUCGCGCCCCGUUUGAGGAAACUCACUUCACAUUCAAAGCACACGCUCCCCUGCAUUUCCUGGUUCUGUCUGACAUCAUCUUCCUCUUA